ACUCACUGUCAGUCCUGAAUAGCCUCAAAAACUUGAAACCUCAUGACUUUAACAAUAAUCACAUCAUGAGCAUAAGAAAUAAAAUAUGCCGUUUAGAUAGAAAAGGGCAUAAAGCUACAAUGGUAUGGGUGAAGGCCCACUGUGGAAUCACUUAUAAUGAAAUUGUUGAUCAAUUAGAGAAAGACAGUAUUAUUGAUGGCUCUACAAUAGGCAUUCCUUUAAACACCCAAGAUCAACAAUUAGUUCUUAAACGUAAUCUGAAGAUGGGAUGGCGUGUUGAAUGUAGUAAAUACUGUCAAACUAAUCCCACACGAUAUACCAUGUUAUAUCCAAUGCUUCCAGAAUCUUACUGGCACAAUAACUAUAAAAUUCCUAGGAAAUAUUUAUCCAUCAUCAUCCGAACAAAAAUUGGACAUGGUACAUUUCCUUCACACCUAGCUAGACUCAAUCUGCGCUCAUCUGAUUUGUGUGAUGCUUGUGAAGAGCAUGGAGAUCUGGAUCAUUAUUACUUUGGCUGCUCCAGGUUUCUAAUUCACUCCAAUAUACUCUACAACAAUCCUCUCAAAUGUGGUCUAGCUGCUCCACUAAACACGGCGUAUAUAUUUUGGUUAAAUAGGUCUGAUGUUGUCUUCUAUAUCGCCCAAUUUAUUAAAAAUUCAGGCAUGGUAAUCUAG